AAUUGUAGCGGAGCCGAAGGGGAACAUUGUAGCCGUGAACGCCCCCCUCCGGCUCUCUGCCUCCCUCGGAGCGACGCUAUCCAGCCCCGUUUGAGUUCGCCGGCGGCGGUGGCGGCAGCGGCGGGAGCAGCGGCAUGCCGAUCAACAGAUCCGAAAAGCCAGACAAACCUGAUAAUUCCGAUAAUGUCAAAGUUGUGGUUCGUUGCCGGCCGCUCAAUGAGCGGGAGAAGACCAUGUGUUAUAAAAUGGCUGUCAAUGUUGAUGAAAUGAGAGGCACUAUUACUGUGCAUAAAACAGAUUCUUCCAAUGAACCUCCCAAGACAUUUACUUUUGAUACUGUAUUUGGGCCAGAGAGCAAGCAACUCGACGUCUAUAACUUGACUGCAAGGCCAAUUAUUGACUCUGUGCUGGAAGGUUACAAUGGUACCAUUUUUGCUUAUGGACAGACUGGAACAGGAAAGACUUUUACUAUGGAGGGUGUCCGGGCUGUACCAGAACUCAGGGGAAUCAUUCCCAAUUCCUUUGCUCAUGUAUUUGGACACAUCGCAAAAGCUGAAGGAGAUACAAGGUUUUUGGUUCGAGUUUCUUAUUUGGAAAUCUACAAUGAGGAAGUACGUGACCUCUUGGGAAAGGACCAGACACAGAGGCUAGAGGUUAAAGAACGACCUGAUGUAGGAGUCUAUAUCAAAGAUCUUUCGGCCUACGUUGUAAACAAUGCAGAUGACAUGGAUAGAAUUAUGACUCUUGGCCAUAAAAACCGCUCUGUUGGUGCCACUAAUAUGAAUGAGCACAGUUCCCGUUCCCAUGCUAUCUUCACAAUCACAAUUGAAUGCAGUGAGAAGGGUGUGGAUGGGAAUAUACAUGUGCGUAUGGGCAAGCUACAUCUUGUAGACCUUGCGGGUUCAGAAAGGCAAGCAAAAACUGGAGCUACUGGCCAACGAUUGAAAGAAGCAACAAAAAUCAACCUUUCUCUCUCCACCCUUGGGAAUGUUAUCUCGGCGCUGGUGGAUGGAAAGAGCACUCACGUGCCUUACCGCAAUUCUAAACUGACUCGGCUACUCCAGGAUUCUCUUGGCGGCAACUCCAAAACUAUGAUGUGUGCAAACAUUGGCCCAGCCGACUACAAUUAUGAUGAGACCAUCAGCACUCUGCGAUAUGCUAACCGUGCUAAAAAUAUCAAGAAUAAGGCUAGAAUUAAUGAAGAUCCAAAGGAUGCCUUACUUCGCCAAUUUCAAAAAGAAAUAGAAGAACUUAAGAAAAAGUUGGAAGAAGGGGAAGAAAUCUCUGGCUCUGAGACCAGUGGCUCUGAAGAGGAUGAUGAAGAGGAUGAUGGGGAAAUUGGUGAAGAUGGAGAAAAACGAAAGAAACGAAGAGGAAAAAAGAAAGUUUCCCCUGACAAGAUGGUGGAGAUGCAGGCCAAAAUUGAUGAAGAAAGGAAAGCACUUGAAACAAAGCUCGAUAUGGAAGAGGAAGAAAGGAACAAAGCCCGGGCGGAACUAGAAAAAAGGGAGAAAGAUUUGCUUAAAGCACAGCAAGAACAUCAGUCACUAUUAGAGAAGUUGUCAGCUUUGGAAAAAAAAGUGAUUGUGGGAGGUGUGGAUUUGUUGGCUAAAGCUGAGGAGCAAGAGAAACUUCUAGAAGAAUCUAACAUGGAAUUGGAGGAACGAAGGAAAAGAGCAGAGAAACUUCGAAAAGAGCUGGAGGAGAAAGAGCAAGAGCGUUUGGACAUUGAAGAAAAAUAUACCAGCCUGCAAGAGGAAGCUCAAGGGAAGACUAAGAAGCUUAAAAAAGUGUGGACAAUGCUUAUGGCAGCCAAGUCAGAGAUGGCAGACCUGCAACAAGAGCAUCAAAGAGAAAUUGAAGGCUUACUGGAGAACAUUCGACAGCUCAGCAGAGAACUUCGUCUUCAAAUGCUUAUAAUUGACAACUUUAUACCUCAGGAUUACCAGGAAAUGAUUGAGAACUAUGUUCAUUGGAAUGAAGACAUUGGAGAAUGGCAGCUGAAAUGUGUGGCGUAUACUGGAAAUAACAUGAGAAAACAGACUCCAGUGGCAGAUAAGAAAGAAAAAGAUCCCUUUGAGGUGGACCUUUCCCAUGUAUAUCUAGCUUACACUGAAGAGAGCUUGAGACAGUCUUUGAUGAAACUAGAAAGACCAAGAACAUCAAAAGGAAGAUCAAGGCCCAAAACUGGCAGAAGGAAACGCUCUGCAAAAUCAGGAGCUGGGAUUGAUUCGCUGCUUCAAUAGGCCAAAACAAUUGGGGAUUGGGUAAAGAAAAUGCUUGUGUGGCUUAACACCUGGCCCAAUAUUGUCGGCUUGCAGUUGUUACUCAAGACAAUAAGAAAACAGUUUUGUUUUCUGUUGGGUUUCUCUUACAUCUUCUCUUAUGCUGUUGUAUUAAUUCAGAUUCAACAAUAUGGGGGUUGUAAACUUGUCAUGGGUAUGAAUUCCAGUAGGCAUUGUGCAAAAGCAGCUAUUGGGAAUAUCUUUGUAUCUUAGAUUGGUAUGUAUUCAGUGGAAACGGUGGUAUAUGUGUCUGUUUAAAUUUUAAACAUAUUAGCCAUAUUAUAAGUAAACAAACAGAUUUCUAUAGCUGACAUACACUUUUUCUUUGACUGCUGCCAUUUGCUAUAGACAUUAUUUCCUGUUUGCACAGCUGCAGAUUUCUGUUUUUUUACAUAUAAAUAGUAGUUAACAAUACUUAUAUAAUCUGGAAAUUCUUCGUGCCUCUUAGGCAUCUAUAUCUGUAGGAGAAUUUCCAUAUAUAUGCAUAUAUUUGGUAAUAUGCAAAGGUGGGCUGUUAUAAAAUAAUGGUGUUGGAUUUCUCUGGGAUGAAUGGCAGAGAUAAAGGAAUCAUUGGGAUUUCCAUUGUGGCAAGUAACACAAUCUACUUCACAUAUAGAUGUUUGAUUCAUAAGAAGUUAAAAGAGAUAAUUUAAAAGAUAAUGUGACUCCAAAGGAACAUGCUUUUUCAUUUAUAACACUAACAUUUGAAGAGAGUAAGAAAGUUUAGAAAUGUUUUAGGAAAUAACUUUGGUGUUGCACAAACAUUUCUGUGGAGAAACAAUGCAGAUCUCAGAAUGACAGCACUUGAACCAAGGGAUGCUGUACUUACUAAGCACUGAGAUACUGGCAUGCAGUAGCGUUAGGUAUUUAAUGAGAUUUAUCUGCUCUUCCUAGAUCAGACCUCAAUAACAUAAAGUCCAUAGGAGCCCUACUCCCAUGAUGCUAUUAAGUGGCACCCACAGAAUUCCCAAAUUAAACACAAAAGCCUUAAAAUGUGGAAACCUUGGAAAUUUGGUUCACAAUUUAGUGAUGUUGAUGCUAAUGUCAUCACAAUUCAAGUGUUUUAAAGAACUGAAGCAUCAUAUUUUUUCAUCAUUCAACAUACUUGGUUGAUUCCAACUAAUUUCAAAUCCAAUAUUUUAUUUAUGAAGAUAAAGCUGCUGCUAUCUACGGAUGUAUUUUAUUUACAUUCAUACAUCACAUUGAGAAUCCUGGAGAUACCUGUUAACUGUAUAUAUUUGAAAAGUCUUAAUUUUAACCUGACAUGUUGUGAUUUGCAUUUUAAAAGCUGUGCUAGUAAAUGUUCUAAAGAAAAAGAACUUGAUUAUACUUUGAUAACAGGAUUUCCAAUAGCUGUUAUUGAAUCUUGUAGAUUGCUAAAGAUGAUCUCUGCUUUUUAAAAUCUCAGUUGAAUUUAUCUCAGUGUCAACAAAGGCACAAUUGAUGAUGCAUAUGGAGCCAAGAUGUGAGUACAGGGAAAAGAAUGAACAGGAGGGAAGAAUAACAACCUUCUAAAAUAAAAGCUAUUCACUUUUGAAUAUUACAAAACAAAGUUUAGGGAAUACAAGUACAUAGUUGGUAGCUUAUUAGAUUUAAAACCAAAAUAUCCUAGUUCUUUUCAAAAGCAGCGUUCUAGGUUUGGCAGAGUUAGGAGUGGUGCUUACUGUGGCAAGGAGAAACAAUACAUAGCGGUACUUCCAUUGAUGUGGGAAAGCGGUGACUUGCUGGAUGAUGUUGAACACCAGGUCCUAGUAUAUCCAGUGAUUGUUAACUCAGUCUUUGUUCUAGAGCAGGGUUGUCAAACUCACGUCACCACAGUGGCAUCAUGUGACAUAUUGGGACUUUUCCCCCCCUUCGCUAAACUGGCAUGGCCCAUAGGCUGGGAGUUUGACAGCCCUGUUCUAGAGCCAAGCUGCAGAUGAACCUGCUCUUAGCUGUUACUUUGUUUUCUUCAAAGCACACUGAAGCGGCUUCACAGGAUGGAGUGAGCUGAAAGUGGCUUUCAAGGCAUCCCAAAAGUUUGAAAAUGACUCAUCUUGUCUUAAAAGAGUUGUUCUGUGUUGUGGAUCACCACUUUCAAAGGCUUUGUACAGCCCUGACACAAAAUCAGAAUUCAGGAGAUUCAUAUUUCAUUAGUCAGAUUGAGCUAAAGCUUUUAUUCAUCCUGUUUGUUUUUUGUUGCAACAUGUAAAGUCAUUUGUAUGUAUAGUACUUCCCUUUGUUCUUUAAACUCUUACCUAGUUCUUACAUUCCAAGCUGAGCAGGAAAAAUGGCACUGUCCCAUUGCAGAUAGUUACUUUUCCAGUUUAAAUUAAUACCAGUUGAUUACUGUUUCUUGCAACCAGCACUGCAUACAUUAGGAGAAAAAGAUGUAUAAUUUGUCCCUAUUUAUUGUUUUGCUAACAUCUUUAAGGUUUCAAGGUUAUGGUUUUGUGGUAUGCAAGGUGUGUUCUUGUUAAUGUAUAUACUAGUAAAACAUAUUGACAGUUAAACAUAUUGGUGCCAAGAAAUAAAGGUCUUG